AUGGCAUCCUACGGCCAUCAUAUGCCCGCUGCGGCUCCUCGAGCUGCUCACCCUGCCACCUAUGGCGCCCCAAUGCCUGCCCCUGUGGCCACGGCGCCUGCCGGCACAUUCACGCCCGGAACGAAGAUACAGGUCGGAGGUCACAGGGUAGUAAUCCAGAAAUACCUAUCUGAGGGUGGCUUCGCACACGUCUACCUAGUAAAGCUUCCGAAAGCCGUCGAUGGCACAGACAUGGCUGUCUUGAAAAGAGUCGCUGUCCCCGAUAAGGAGGCUCUACGCAGCAUGCGAAUCGAGGUCGAGACAAUGAAGAGGCUCAAGGGCCAUCGCCCUAUCGUCACAUACAUCGAUUCUCAUGCAUCGGAAAUGCGAGGAGGAGGCUACGAGGUGUUUCUACUGAUGGAAUUCUGCAACGGAGGCGGACUCAUCGACUUCAUGAAUACGCGUUUACAACACCGCUUGACCGAACCCGAGAUCCUACACAUUUUUACCGACAUAACGGAAGGUGUCGCCUGUAUGCACUACCUCAAGCCACCGCUGCUUCACCGCGAUCUGAAAGUCGAAAACGUCUUGAUCCUUAGCAAUGGAUCACAGAAGCGUUUCAAGCUUUGCGAUUUUGGAUCUGCUGCUCCGCCCAAACCUGCGCCCCAGACCGUCGUCGAAUGCAGACUUCUAGAUGAGGAUGUCCAGAAGCAUACCACCAUGCAGUACAGAAGUCCAGAGAUGGUUGACGUCUACCGAAAACAGCCCAUCGACGAGAAGUCGGAUAUUUGGGCUUUGGGCGUUCUCUUGUACAAGUUGUGCUACUAUACAACACCUUUCGAAGACCAGGGACAGCUGGCCAUUCUCAACGCGAGCUUCAAGUACCCCAGCUACCCCGUAUUCUCAGACCGGCUGAAGAAACUUAUUGAAGUAGCAUCCAUGCUGCGCGAGAGUCCUCAGGCAAGACCAAACAUCUACCAGGUCCUCCGCGAGGGAUGUGCGAUGCAAGGACGUGAUGUUCCUAUCCAUGAUAUCUAUGCCGGAAAGCAGCCCUCAACUCAACAGAGCAGACCUUCUGCUACGGAGAAGCCCCAACAAAAAGUCGGCGCCGUCUUCUCUCCGCCUGCUCAGCAGAAGGAGGCCAUUCCCGAUAUUGUUCCUAUGAGAAGAGGAAGGCUGCCGGCCGCUAGCCAGCAAACUCAGCCUGCCCAAGCAGCUAAACCAAGUCCGUCUCCCAUGAGAGUGACAAACGGAGACCCUUUCGCCGCUCUAGAUGCGCCGGCUACCGCCGCUGCGGCUGCGGCACCAUCCACAGCUAUGGCUGGAGAUGUGGAUGAAUUUGCGUCUAGAUUUCCGCCUGUCGAUCAAUUCUCUAUCCUCCAUGAGCAUGGUACAAAGUUCAAUUUCGACUCUCAUACACCACCACCAACGCAACAGCAGAGAGUCCCGGUCCCAAGGUCCGCCGACAGGUCGGCGGAUCAGUUCCCGACAUCCCAAUCCCCACCGAAGCACCAAGAACAGGCCAGACCGAGAACUGUCGCACCGGCAGUCACUGCUUCCUACCCGCCGCCAACGGUCAAGUCGCCUCCCCCAGGUACGGUGGGACUCACCAAGACAGCAUCUGCUCCUCCAAAGCCAACGGAGAUGAGCAGAGCGCACGCCAUCAUUAAUAAGAACCCAGAGCUGCAGGCGAUCUCUUCACAGACCAAGCCGCAGUAUCAGCCUCAGCCACAGCCGUCGAGAUAUGUGUCGACUGGGACAAUGACAGCUUCCCCUCCACCUGAACACAAGCCUCCGCAAGCGAUGCCCGUGUGGAAGGUGCCUACGACAGAUCAUCACCGGUCUACAAGCCUCCCCCGUCAGCAAGACCAGGCUCUACCGUUGCGCCCAGGGAAUGAAGAGGGGUCGCUUCCUCGCGCUCCCUCAUAUCAGCUGCGCCCAACGCACGUGCGACAUCCAUCAUCUUCUCGACCGUCGCUUGAAGGAGGUCGGCCAAGUUUGGAGCUGCUCGAUGCGAGUGCCCAGUCGAGAAGAUCCAUCGAUGGACGCCCGCGCCCCGUAAGCACUCAUUUGGAAUCAAAUCUAGAUUUCCUGCGAGAGAAAGAAGGCUCCUCGAAGCCUCUCCCUUCUCCCGGUCUCAUGUCCCCCAAGUUCCCCGAGAGGGUGCCAUCUCCUGCAGUAGCAGAACCAGAAGAGGAAGCACCUAUCGAGUCCAAUGUGGACUUCUUGCGCAGUAUGGAAGAGUCAGACUCGAAGAAGCGAGACUGGCACUCCAAGCAUGGCAAACGCGGAAGUCUAAGCUCUUUGUCCGGGACGAAGAGUAUGUUUGCUGGCAAAUUUGGAGAUGCGUUCAAACGUUUCGAGGGAAAUCAAGCACCUCCCCCUGCUCGGACUCCGUCGCCGCUCAAGCAGCUCGAACGGGGUAGUGUAUUGGACCCUAUUGAGGGAUCGGAAGCUACCGAUGGCCGAACCGAUGAUGGUAAAGGCCUGGAGGAGACCGAGGAUAUGACCCCGGCAAUGAGACGCGAGGUGGAGCGUUUGCGCCUUGAGGAGGAAGAACGUCGUGUUGAAGCGGCGGCAGCAGAGUAUCGCCAAAGAUUUACCAACCAAGGACCAGGUUCCGGCGGCCCCGGGUCGCUGCCAAAGAGCAUUGGAGGCGUUUCUCGGGCUGUCAGUAUCCAGAAUAGGGUUCAAAAUCUGCUGAGUGAGGGCCAGAAGUCUUCAGUCCAAGUUCCGCGCACUGCUCAGGGGUACGGCAUCUACACAGACACAUCCUCGCCCACCAGCAGGGACAAGCAGCUUCCUGAUAUCCCUAGAAAGCCAGUGGGCGGUGCCAAACCUCGCCCCAUGACACCGUCAAACUCAUCAGAUGUGAUGGUCAACAAAGUACGGCCCUCCGCAAAUGAGCCUGUUCCAACAACGGGACGGUCUACACUGGGGCCGAGACCAGUCGCACCUCGGAAGCCAAUGCAUCUGAACAGUUUGCCGACCGGUGGCAGACCGGGCUCGCCGCCAAAGCAGCCCCACCCGUCGCAUUCUAUGUCUUCUGAGCAUCUCGUAGGCGUGGGACUUCCCGGGCGACCGGUGUUGGAGAUGUCAGUCAAGGAGAAGGACGACUACGUUCAGGAUUUCUCGAAGCGUUUCCCUAGUCUGGGCUCGAUCGAGAUGGUGGAAAGAGAUCUCGCAGCGGAGGCGGGCGAGCAGCGAACUAGCAGAUAG